AUGAGCUCUCUUAAAAAGAACGAACAGAACAGCACGGAGUCUGAGGUGUAUAAGGCUCGUUUGAAUUACGGUGCUGAAAAGGAGAAGCAGAUUAUGAAUCAGAUUAGAAAGAAUAGACAACAGAAGUACGAUUCAGUUAUGAAGACUUCGAUGUUGGGUGGUAUGUUUGAAUUCAGCUUCAAGAAGAAUUGA